AUGAGUAAAAGGAGAUACGUUAAGUCUUGUUUGGAUGACCAGGCCGCCGCCACAGGUAACGACCAUGUUGACCAUGACCGUGAUUACGUUCCGGUGCCAGUCACCGUAAAAUCAACGGUCGCCAAAGGCUCCAAGCGGCUUUGGGACGUCACCACCAAAAGUCCGACACAGAGACGGCGAGCGAGCAGCAGCAGCGGUUCCUUCCAGGGACAGCAAGACCAACAUCGGCAGGAUACGGAUAAGUCGCAAACCAGCGCCAUUGCCAAGCGGGAUACCUUCGCAUCACAGCAGCAGCAGGCGGCCCUCUCGCAGGAGACUGUAGUGAAUCGCUCCAGACUGGCCAUUGAGGAAGCAGCGAGGCGCUAUGGGGCGUCAGACUAUGCGCCACAUCCCACAGGGAUAGUGUUGCGACGCGUGGGCUACUACACGAUACCCUCGCUGGAUGAUCCCAAGUCCUACCUGGCCGAGGAUGGGUCCUGUGUGGUGCCCAAUUUCACCAUUGGACGUGAGGGCUAUGGCACUGUGUUCUUUGCCAUGGAAAUGGACGUGGCUGGACUGAAUCUGGAUGAGAUUGUUUACUUCCGUAACAAGGGGAUCAUCAUUUAUCCUGACGAUGAGAAGAGGCCGCCUAUCAACCAAGGCCUGAAUCGUGAGGCACAAGUCACCCUCGAGCAGGUAUGGCCCGUGGACAAGACCCAGACCCAGCCUGUGCCUGUUGUGAAGGAUGCGCAGCGUCUGAUCGAAAUGAAUUGGGAGGGACAUCUGCGUUGCGCCUGCUAUGCAAACGAUAAGCGCUUCGUCGAGUAUCGCCCAGAGACCGGCAGUUGGGUGUUUUGUGUGAAGCACUUCUCCAAGUACGGCCUGGACGAGGACGAUGACAAGAUGACGCUCCAUUCGUUGCGGCCCAGCGUAUACCCGAGGAUAUGCGGCACAAGGUUUCGCGGCAGGUUGCUCGGCCAGUGA